GGCGGAGCGGCGGGAAGCGGCGCGCGCGCGGUGGCCUCUGUUCCUUUAAUAAACUGGCGGUUAUCUGCUGUAACAAAUGUCUCGCUGCCAUCAUCAAGUCCAGGCAAGGAGGGAGGAGUUUUUAAUGUUCAGUUUGUUCUACGGAUCGAUGUCUGCUGGCGUCGCCUCUCCCCCUCGGCCGCACCGCGCGUAAUAAUCUGCCUCCUGUGCCGCUGGCGCACGCUUCUCCUUUUUUCCCCCUUCUUCUUUUUGUUUUUGCGCACAUUCUCUGCGCAUUUUCGCACGGCGAAAAGUGCGGAUGGCGCUGAGUGACACGCGUCGAUCAGCGUAUGUGGCGCUGACGGACGGAACCGGAUGGUGAAAGGAGACGAUCCGCCGCCGGUAAGAGGAGCAGGAGGAAGAAGGAGGUGAAAGACCGAUUUUAACAUCUGCUCUCCCCUGAAAUCCAGUGGAUUUUUUUCGCCCCGUGUUUAAUAGUGAAAGAGACUCAACUCUUCGGAGCACCAGAAUAAAGACUCGCGCACUGUGCGUGUGCGUGGACUGUCCCAGCGUUCACAUUUCCACCUGGGCGCGUGAACCGCGACUCCAGAAUCAAUCAAUCAAUCAAUAAACAUGCCACGGAGGAAACAGCAGGCGCCCAAACGGGCUGCGGUGUACAUGCCAGAUGAAGAUGCUGUUGAACAGGAUUCUGUCACUGAGGAAGAUGGAGAGAAUGACACUCAAACUGAAGAGGAGAGCUCGGAGAAGACCAGCCCUAAAGUGUCUGAGGACAGAGAGCUGGACAAUAAGAGCACGAACACCUACAGCAACCAGAACUCUCCCACUAGCGUGCUUUCCAACCAGGAGGCAGAGCUGGAGUCUCGCCUUAGUGACAGCAGUGACAGACUCUCGGACUUCAAAACCUCCUCACCACUUGAGAGCCAGAGGGAUGAAGAGAGCUGCAGCUCCAAGCACAAAGAGGACAUGAGCAACAGUUUGGAGAAAAUGAGGGCAGCCUAUGCAAACUUUCUCUCCGAGUCCUACUGGACGGGGAUCGGAGUGGACUUGAAAAUGGGCAAAAACACCAGCAAAGCCAACUGUGACAGCACCAACGGAAGCACAAAGAGUGAAUUUGACUGGCACCAGGACGCACUGUCCAAAACCUUGCAGCAGACACUGUCCCCAAAGCCCGUGUCCAAACCCAACCUCUUCAGCUCCGUCCACCUGUACAGGCAAAGCACUAAACCUUGCGGUUCGGUGUUCACAGGUGCCAGCCGGUUCCGCUGUAAGGAUUGCAGCGCCGCUUAUGACACCCUGGUGGAGCUCACGGUCCACAUGAACAAGAGCGGCCAUUACCAAGACAACAACCACAGCAAGCAGAGCAAUUCCUCCAGCUCGUCUUCUAAAUCAAGGAAACGCAAUUUGCAAGAUAUGGAAGGAAAAGAAGACGCCCAAAAAGUUUUAAAGUGCAUGUUCUGUGGUCAUUCAUUCGAUUCACUUCAGGAUUUGAGCGUCCAUAUGAUUAAAACCAAACAUUAUCAGAAAGUGCCUUUAAAAGAACCAAUACCCGUAAUCACUCCCAAAUUGUUGCCACCAGCAAAGAAACGGGCCUUUGAGACCGCAAGACCUUGUUCCCCCGACUCUACGACCGGCGUAUCGGGCUUCACGGAGGCACAGCGUGCCGCUGCCAUUUCAAAUGCUAACAGUAACCGCUACGGCUAUCAGAAUGGAGCGAGUUACACUUGGCAGUUUGAGACGUGCAAGUCUCAGAUUCUUAAAUGCAUGGAGUGUGGAAGUUCCCACGACACCCUUCAGCAGCUCACCACCCACAUGAUGGUCACCGGACACUUCAUUAAGGUCACAAACUCAGCUUCUAAGAAGGGUAAACAGCUAGCUCUUGACCCGCUGGCCAUAGAGAAGAUGCAGGGUUUAGCUGAGUCUGCUGCCAGUGAAUGCGAGGGAGAAAAGAUGUCUCCAAAAAAUUCUUCCUCUGGGAGCAGUGAGAAGGACAGCCAAGGGGAAGGUGCAUCUGACAAAAUGGAAGAAACUGAAGUGAAAGAUGACAAGCAGGACAGUGAGGAACAAAUGGCAGGUAACAGAGCGUUUAAGUACCCUUAUCUCCGUGAGGAGGAUCUUGAACAGGACUCAGGCGGUGGAGGAGACAUCCUUAAAUCAUUAGCCAACACAGUGGCCUCUGCCAUUAAUAAAGCUCAAACAGGGACUCCAAGUUGGAGCGCCUACCCCAGCAUCCACGCCGCCUAUCAGCUCUCUGGGAUCAUCAAAAACACUCCUCUCUCUGCUUCCCCGCCUACUCAGCUAAAGCAGACUUUUAACCACAAGCUGAGGCCGAUUGCCCCAAAGGGGAAGAUGUUCCACGGCGCCGUGGGGGUUGAGGCUCCCCAGGCUCAGCAUCAAACUGUGGACAUCAAAAAAGAAAUGGUCGGCAUUAGCGAUGGUAAAGUAAUUCAGAAUAUUAAGUUUGAUCUGGAGAAUGAUGACAGCGAUUGUCAGGAUGAUUCCUCUUCCUCUUCAAAGCUGGACGCAGACUGUUUGAAUGAAGGGUGCGACAUGAUCAAAGGAAAGUUGAGCCCAGAUUUCUCAGACAGAGGCAAGACUCCCAGUCCCUGUGCCACCAACGGACGCAGCACAACAUCAGAUAUACUCAGUGACACUCCGGAUAUACUCGGCAUAAACCCUCUUAGUGCGCUGCAGUCAGUUCUCAACAAUCAUCUGGGCAAAGCAAACAAGCCCAAUAAUUCAAGAGUAGAUAAACUGUCUCACACCUCGUCUAUUUAUGGUGACAUGAACCGUAACGAAAAACCAGCUUUAGUCCUGGGUAAUCCGAUACAAAAUAGGCCGGAUAAUACCUUCCUCUUUGUUAGUGACGACCAGCCAAUAGACCUGACGAAAUCUAAACACAGCAAGUCGACUUCUUCAGUCCUCCAGCCGUCUGCUCCAGUGCCGCAGAAAUACGCUCUGUCUGACAUCGCCGACAUGGUCAAGGUCCUUCCAAAAGCCACAACCCCCAAACCCUCCAUACCAUCGAGGAUCCCAACAAUGAAACUGGAGUCAGACGUCAGACGCUUCGAGGAUGUGUCAGCAGAGUUAUACUCCGUACACAAACGCAAAGGUCGACAGUCAAACUGGAAUCCGCGCCAUCUUCUCAUCCUGCAAGCUCAGUUUGCCUCCAGCCUCUUCCAGACCUCUGAGGGAAAAUACUUGCUCUCAGACCUUGGCCCUCAGGAACGGAUGCACAUCUCCAAGUUUACUGGAUUGUCCAUGACCACCAUAAGCCAUUGGUUAGCAAAUGUAAAAUACCAACUGAGGAAAACUGGAGGGACCAAAUUUCUAAAGAACAUGGACACUGGCCAUCCGGUCUUCUACUGCAAUGACUGUGCAUCCCAGUUCAGAUCGCCAACUACAUUCAUUUCCCACCUGGAAUCCCAUCUUGGGUUUCAAAUCAAGGACAUGUGCAAGAUGCCGGUGGAGCACCAGACGAAGGUAGAAGAGCCAGAACUGUCGAAGGCCCUUGCAGUCAGAGCCACAGAGGCGCUUGUCACGGAGGAUGACAUUGACUCAAAGUUCAAAUGUAAGCUCUGCUGUAGGACAUUUGCAAGCAAUCACGCAGUCAAACUCCAUUUGAGUAAAACUCACAGCAAAUCCCCUGAUAACCAUUCACAAUAUGUGGAAAUGGACAAGGACUAGUUUUUCCUGUUGUUGUCACUCUUUCUUUUCUCUUUGUUUUAAAUUUUCUUACACGGGUCAGUUAUUUCAGCCAUUUUUCAAUUAGCGUUGUGUAGUGUGCAUCAUUAUGACAUUUAAAGCAUUUCAGCAAAGACACACUGGUUAGGCAUCGUAUAAGAGACACUUUUGCACCCCGCGCAAAUGCAUCACCAGUAAUGAAAUGUAUUACUGCUUGAAGAAACAUAAUUGCUGAUGUUUGCAUGCAAUAGCCUUGGCUAUGACUACUAUUUAUUUGUAUAUGUCAAGUUUCAAUGGUAUUUCAAAGGGAAAAAAGAAGUAAUUGUACUUUACAUCUUUAGCGAUGCAGCACGCCUGCAUCAACAUGACCACAACAAACAUGCAGAACUGUACAGUGUAUUGCUAUGUAAAGAUGUUUUGUGUUGCAAUGAUAGAAGAGAAAGGAAAAAAAAAGCACUUUAAUAAACGUUUAAUCACCAGUUUGGACUCAGACGAAUUCUGUACAUGACUCAAAAAGUAAGUGAAGAAUCAAGGACAUUCAUGUGUUCAUAUGUUUUACAAAAAAAACAAAACAAAAAAAUCAUGCAAAAAUAGAUUAUCAACAAGUCAGAUGACACCUGUGAUACCUGCACCUUUUUUCUUUACUUAUUCGAAUAAAGAGUUAACAUUUG